AUGGCGCCGCCUCCCAAGAACAUGCCAGUACGCCGCCCACGAGAGGAAGAAGAAGAAGUCAGUCCACUGGAGCCACCUAACAUUGAACCUUACGUUCUGCCAAGACUAGAGAUGCGCUAUGAAACUUUCGAAGAAGCAAAGAACUUCUACAACGUCUAUGCGAAGCACGCAGGUUUUGCUGUCAAGGAGGGCCCCAAGUUUAAGACCAGAGCCUACAUUUAUUGCACGUGGUAUGGAGUCUAUGAAUCAAAGGUGUCUGAAGUAGAUAGACAGCGGAACAAGACGACAGCCAGGACUAACCGCGGGGCUAAAAUGAGGCUGAAGAAGGAAAAGGAUGGAACAUUUGUCUUCAAAGGCAUUGAACACGUGCAAAUCAUGAGCAUACUGGGUGGUGAUGACCCUGGUAGCUACUUCCUCGAAAUGAAUGCCAAAGACCUGAUUAACCUGAAAGCAAAGAAUUCAUGGAUGGAUGAUGUGGACGAUGUCCUAAAGACUGUCAGCUUCUUUAGGGAGAUGAAAUCUAUAAACAGGGAAUUCUUCUGUGACAUGCAACUCGAUGAGUCCGACAGAGUUAAGAACAUAUUCUGGGCGAACGCAAGCUGCCGAGGGGCCUAUCAGGACUUUGGUGACUGCACUACAUUCUUUGGUUUCGCCCUGAUAAGAGACGAGGAUGCAGAUUCAUUCAGAUGGCUGUUCAAGACAUUUUUAAGGUGCAUGAGAGGGAAGGCUCCUACAUGCAUCCUCACAGACCAGUGCCUGGCAAUGUCUUCAGCGACCCCAGAUGCUUUCAAGAACACAGUACACAAGCUGUGCCGCUGGCACAUUAGGAAGAAGUACAAGGAACACCUCGCAUACCUGUACUACCUGCACAAAGACUUUAAGGAUGAAUUCACAUCAACCCUCAACUGGCCCCUCAUGCCAACUGAGUUCGAGGAUGCCUGGAAAGGACUCGUGGAUAGGUACAACCUCCAUGAUGAUGCCACGAUGGUGGCCAUGUGGAACGAGCGUGAGAAAUGGAUAUCAGCCUACUUCAAAGAAAUUUUCUGCGCCAAAAUGACAUCGACACAACGAAGUGAGAGCAUGAACUAUGUGCUCAAGAAGAACUUUAAGGAACAAAACACGCUGACCUUCUAUGGGUUUGACACCCAGAUGGCAAAGGUUUACUCACGAGCUAUGUACAGCGAGAUCAGAAAAAGGCUAAAACUGAGCACACUCUUCACGGCGACAGAGACGGAACAACCCACAAAGUACCUCGUGCGCUACAACAACCCGCAAAAACUGUCUGCGUGGUCUCAGCACGCAUUCCAGGUGGUUGCAGACCCCGUGGGAGAAACAUAUGAGUGCGAAUGCAGGCUAUGGACCACACAUACAAUUAAGGCUGCCAGCGUUCCAGAGAAAUACAUCUUCAGGAGAUACACCAAACGCCCGAACAUCUAG